AUGUAUGAACCUGUGGCUGGCUCCCCUAUGCCGCCGCCCUCGACGAUAUCGAGAUCUUCAGCAGCACCGUCCACAUCGUCCUACUUCACUACUUCAGGAACUCGCACAUCGACUCCUCGUAUUGCCGACUCCCGUAGUGGCCGCAGCCGGUCGCAAUGGACACCGAGUUUUACGUCUCGCAGCCGCACCACCCAACCCCCAAGUAUGACACGCAGCCGCUCCCAUGCCGCCUCGACCAUCGGAGCCAGUGAGAGCCGCAACAUGAUCUGCGCCGUCAGCGAAGCCCGUGGAGUGACCCCUUCAGUCGGGGUCGCCUUUGUCGAUACCACCAAUGGGCAAGCGGUGCUCAGUCAGAUCAGUGAUACACAGUUCUACAUCAAGACGAUCCACAAGAUCCAGGUUAACGAGCCAUCCAAGGUCCUUAUCGUCAGCACUGCCUGUCCGCCCAACCAGAAGUCUCCCCUCUGUGAGAUCAUCGAGGAAGAGCUUUCCGAGGUGACCAUAGUGCCGCUUGGUCGAAAAUACUGGUCAGAAGCCGUCGGUUUGGAUCUCAUCGAAACUCUGUCAUUUAGAGAAGAGGUCGAGACAAUCAAGUUUGCCUGCGAGGGCAAUUUCUAUGCAGUUUGCUCCUUUGCCGCCGUAAUGAAAUAUCUCGAGCACCAAUCCUCCAUCCGCAUCGCCGCCCACUCGCUACGUAUCACCUACCAGCCCUGCGAAGAUACCAUGAUGAUCAAUCUUUCCACCAUCCAGUCUUUAGAGCUGAUCCAGAGCUUGCACAAUGUCAAGUCCAAGCAGUGCCUCUUCGGCCUUCUCAAUGAGACAGUUACCCCGAUGGGAGCCCGCAUGCUCCGGAGCGCCAUCCUCCAGCCUUCCACAGUCAAGGAGCACACACUGAUUCCUCGUUACGAUGCGGUCGCCGAGCUCAUGGCAAACGAGGACAUGUUUUUUGGUCUUCGAACAUCACUCAAAGCAUUCGGAGACGUUGAGAAGCUUCUUACCAAGCUCAUUCUCGUGCCCGCCCGUGAGGACCUCUAUGAGGCAGAGCAAGCAAUCAAUAACGUCCUCAAGAUCAAAAGAUUUGUGACAGCAAUCCCUGCAGUCUUUGAUGCCCUGACGAACGCGUCCUGCGCUUUGCUGCAGAAGGUCAAGAACACCUGUCACCCUGAGCUGACGGAUCAGGUCAUGGCCCUGAUCUCUCAGGUAAUCAAUGACGAUGCCACUUUUGCAGACUCGCCUCUCGAGCUGCGCCACCAGAGAACCUGGGCAGUCAAGGCGGAUCCGCAUAGCCUUCUUGAUGUCGGUCGCAAGUUAUACAAAGAAACAACCAAUGAGUUGCAUCAACAUAUCCAAGAGCUGAAUGCUGAGAGCAAUCUAGCUGUUGACCUUCGCUACGAGAAUAGGCGCAAGUACUUCUUGCGUUUUCGAGCAGAUGAUAUCCAGGAUCGUCAACUUCCGGACAUUUUUAUCAACCGCGUCAAUGUCAAAGACUACGUCGAGUGCCAAACUAUAACGCUGCUUCAGUUCAACCGGAGUAUCUCGGAUGCCGUCAAUGAGGUUGUCGCCCAGAGCAACAGAGUCGUUAAGGAGCUUCUCGAGAAGCUACGGCAGAAGAUCUCUGCAAUGUUUAGAGUAUGUGAGGGCAUUGCGCUUGUCGACAUGCUGGCAGGCCUCGGUCACUUGGCAUUCAAAUCCGGCUAUGUCCGUCCAAAUCUGUCAGGGGCACUUUUGCUCAAAGCCGCUCGGCAUCCCAUCAUGGAAGUACCGAAACCAGACAAAUUUAUCCCCAACGACUACUAUGUAACUGAGCAGUACCGUUUCCAAAUCAUCACUGGCUGCAACAUGAGUGGAAAGAGCACAUAUAUUCGAACAGUCGCGCUAGUCCAAAUCAUGGCCCAGAUCGGAUCCUUCGUGCCCGCAGAGUUCGCUGAACUGCCAGUGAUUGAUCAGUUGUUCUCGCGUCUCUCGACAGAUGACAGCAUCGAAGCGAAUAUGUCGUCCUUCUCGAUCGAGAUGAGAGAGAUGGCCUUCAUAUUGAGAAACAUGACCGAGAGCAGCUUGGUCAUCAUCGACGAGCUAGGGCGCGGUACAAGCACGCGUGAUGGACUCGCCAUAGCCACCGCCAUCGCCGAAGACCUUAUCAAGAGAAAGGCAGUCGUCUUCUUUACCACCCACUUCAACGAGCUAGCCAGGGUUUUCGCCGAGCGCCCCGGUUUUCUCAGUGUCCAUCUCGCAUCUGAAACUACCGAGACGGAAGACGAGCUGCCCCGCAUGACCAUGCUGUAUAAGGUCUCGGACGGCCCGCUUGAGCCGCACGACUAUGGUAUCAAGCUCGCACGGGCGAUCGGAUUCCCGGAGCGAUUCAUUGCCACGGCUGAGCGAGCGACGACCGCACUAAAGGCCCAGGCCGAGGCGAGGAAACUGAACUCGGAGGAGCGGCGCAAGGCGCAGCGCCGGAGGCUUCUGCUGAAUCUGCGAGAGGCCCUGAUGCAAAGCGAGAGGUCGAGCAUGGACAACGCCGCGCUGGCGAGAUACUUGAGGCAGCUGCAGAUGGAGUCGAUGUACAAGUUGCAGGGGCUUGAGAAUGCGGGCCGAGAGUUGUCGGUAGAAGAGGUCGAUGACGAAGAUGAAGAUGACGACUAUGAGCAUCCGGUCCACGAUCCGGUCGAACCAUCGUCCGACGAGGUUUUGCUGAUCCGUAGCAUCGAGCAGGACGACAUGGUCGACGACAAUGAGAACGAGGUCAUUAAGGGAUGA